UAGUUAUAUAUCAGUAUUGCACUGGUUUAUCACAUAAUGUGUUUCUCAUAUAUAUACUGAUUUUUAGUCACCAUAAAUUAAUUAAUGAAUUUUAGAAGAACAAGCUUCCCCUCCCUUUAAUUUCAUCAACUGUGAACCCUGAUUUGAAUUUCAUUAUUUCGCCCUCCCAAUUCCCAAUUCCACACUUGUCCUAUCAUUACCUUAUCCUGCAGAUUUCGCCCCGUACUGGAGGACAAAAAAACAGAUGGGACAUCUCUGAAAGAGAAAAGGAAGGCUUGGGAUCAAGCAGUUGAAGAGUUCAACGCCAUGUCGUCAUCAGGACCGAGAACCACCCAGCAGCUCAAAUUUUUAUGGUCGAACAUGAAAAGGGUGGCUAAGAAGACAGUUGCUGCGGUGAAUAAAAGGAGAUAUAUAGAUGAAGAAUGCGACGAGGACGUGGAUGUGGAACAAUUAAUAAAAAAAAGAAGAGAGGAGAAGAAGCACAUAACAAAAACAGGUGGAGGAAAAUAUCAGCCAUCCGAGUUGACAGAGGUAGAUGCUCGACUGUUGGCUAUGAUAGAAUCCCAAGCCAAACCCUUAGCCAACAUCUACGAUGAUGACAAUAUCUACCACAGAGAUGUAAUAUUGAUCCCAACUCACGAGAGUAUAUCGCGAACUCCCAGUCCUACCAUAGAGCUCUCCUUAGAACCAGUGGCAGGACCUAGCCAUUCCCAAUUACAGCUCCCAUUGGAACCAAGCCCAACCGUUCCUAGUCCUCAGCGUCGCGCUAGAAAAAAAUAUAUCCCGCCUGGAAGACCGAAAAUAAACACCAACAAAAAAACAACGGCCCAAUUGAAGAAGCUUUAUUAUUUAAAAAAAAUUCAAUUGGCCAAUAUGGAAAUCAAUUUCAAAAAAAAAAUUUAUAACUUGGAAAUUAAAGUUAAGCAAAAAGAGCUGGCCAAAAUCAGUUAA